AUGAGUUUCGGAGCCCCCGGAGGUGGUUCGGUCAACUACAAGCCCACGCCACCUGAGCGCGGUAGCUUCCCUCUCGACCACGAAGGAGAGUGCAAGCACAUUAUUUCCGGCUAUCUGAAAUGCAUCAAGCUCAAUCGAGGCACCAACGACGAGGCAUGCCGCAAGCUCGCUAAGGAAUACCUCACCUGUCGGAUGGACAAGUACGUGAAACCGAUUACCAUGCACAUUAGCCUGCGUGAUUUUGCACCAGGGCAGCAACAAGCGUUGGAGAAUACUGUUCUAACAUAG